UGGAACUACGGCAACGGAGGAAGCCAGGGAAAUAGAGUAGAUGUCGUUGCAGUCGGACAGCUUCAUCACUUCCCUUUCGUCCUCCAUUCCCGUGCCGAACGACACGCUUCGACCGUCUCGGCUUGCAAAUCCGGCACAAUGCCUCCUAAAUUCGAUCCCAACGAGGUGAAAAUCGUCUACUUGCGAUGCGUCGGUGGAGAGGUGGCAGCGACGGCGGCCCUGGCCCCGAAAAUUGGGCCUUUGGGCCUGUCACCAAAAAUGGUGGGAGAUAAUAUUGCCAAGCAAACUGCUGAUUGGAAAGGGUUGAAUAUCACUGUGAAGCUGACUAUUCAAAACAGACAGGCUGCAAUCACAGUUGUUCCAUCAGCUGCUUCCCUCAUUGUCAAGGCCCUCAAAGAGCCACCCAGGGAUCGAAAAAAGCAAAAGAAUAUCAAGCACAGUGGAAAUAUCACAUUUGAAGAGAUUCUUGGCAUCGCUCGAUCCAUGAGGGAGCGAAGCAUGGCCCGAUACCUAUCUGGGACCGUGAAGGAGAUCCUGGGAACAUGCCAGUCUGUGGGCUGCACCGUGGAAGGGAAAGCACCUCAUGAUGUUAUCGACAUGGUCAACAAUGGUGAACUCGAAGUGCCUGACGAAUGAAUCCCGUGAGUCAGACUACCACUCUUGACAAGCUGAUCCACACGUCUGAAAUCUUACCUGUUAUGGUCAAUCUAAGCAAUCAAAGAGAGUGAACUUUGGAAAGACGUGGAGAUGGAGCUUGUCAAGUCUGGGUGUCAUUGGUUGGGGUUGGCAUCCCAUCCACCUGUCUCACUUUCAUAGUGAGGUCAGGCAACCUAUGCGCCACCGGGGAGAAAACCCCGAUAACAAAUCGUUCUUUUUCCAUUUAUUGUUCACAGGGUGUUCUCAUUUUGCUGAUUUCUCUUUCAAUUUCUGUUCCAGGAAGCU